UCCGAUACAUGUAUUGUGCGGGGUCGAGGAUCUGGCGCGUGGAUGGAUGGGUAGCCACACUCGCUACACAAACAAGCUAACGGAUGUCACCACGCGGAUCCCAUAUCGCUAUCUCUCCAUUGUCCAUCCAUCCAUCAACGACAACACAACACAUUAUGCCACCAAGAAAGACCAAAACAGCGCCCGCCAAGCCGCUACAAGGCACGACAAUAGUGAUCUGCGGCACCUUUGAGAGGCCGAAUACGCUCGCAACGCUCACCGAGCGAGUCAAGGCGCUGGGCGGCGACACGCACCCGACCGUCACCAAGGCCGUCACGCACGUCAUCAGCUCCAAGUACUACUACGAUGCAAAUGGGGCCAAGGUGCGCCCGGCGCUGGGAAACGACAAGGUGAAGAUCGUGUCGUACGACUGGCUCGUCGAGGUGGAGAAGAAGGGCGAGAAGGUGGACGAGGCGAGGUUCGUGUUCAAGGCCUUGCCGGCGAACCCCGUGGGCGGGCUGGACACCUUGGCUGCUACUACGGCUGCUAUCGAGGACAAGAAGAACGGCAAGAAGUGCUCUGCGCCAGCGGAUGGCGAGGACAAGGCGCCCAAGAAGGCGGCGAAGGCGGAUGCCAAGAGCACAGCCUCGACAUCCACCAAGGCAAAGGCAGCCUCGAAGGACAAGCCGGCCCCCAAGGCUGCUGCGACUGCGAAGACCAAGACGGCGCCAAAGCCCAAGGCUGCAUCGAAGGCCAAGGCGAAGGCGCCGUAGAUCGACGACCUGAGCAUCUAGUCCCCAUCUCGCUGCGGCGACCGUCACGGUCCACAGCCUCCCAAGGCAGCUGUGCCGAUCCUUCGACAGGCUAUGGCACCACUACACCCAGUGCCCCUCCUCUACUCAGCCCAGACCAUCACCACGGGCGACCAGCCCGACGCUGUAUCCAACUGCAUGCAACACAUCCUUCUCCCAGA